AUGUCUAAAUCAUUUCUAAUGGAAACUCUACUGACAAAAACUGAUUCAGGGGCCGAAACCUCCGAAUUUGAGAGCAAAGCAAUGUUGCAUAAAAAUUGUAAGGACUUGAACCCGGAAGAAGCACAAAGUUGUAAGAGAGUGAGGACAGCAUACAGCAGUACACAACUAGUGGAGUUGGAAAGAGAAUUUGCGGCAAACAUGUACCUAUCUCGUCUAAGAAGAAUCGAAAUAGCCACAUACUUACGACUUUCAGAAAAGCAGGUGAAGAUAUGGUUCCAGAAUCGGCGCGUGAAACACAAACGUCAAGGAGUUUCUGAAAAGAAAUGCCAAUGCCUACGAAACGCGAAAUCUCGCAAUUCUGUGAGUUCAACGGUGAAUAAUGAUGUCACAGUCGAAUGUUCAUCGUCUUGUUAG